AUGGCCGCCGCAAGAUCCACCGGCUCAGGCUCUGCCACCUCCAACGUCGGAUCGCGCCAGAUCUACGAAGCCAAAGACCAACGCACCGAGUCCAGGGCCGAAGUCAACGACCGGGAGCGAUACAAGGAGGGCCAACAGGGCAGUCAUCUCGCCAACGACUCCAGUGGGUCUUGUAUAGAAGAUGAAAGAUCCAUUGCCAACCGUCUCGGCCGUGAAGAGCAACGAACACGCAAGGACGAGGUACCCGUGAAUCCGCAGGCGGAACUGAGUAAGAAGGACCCGACGUUACCGGUAUGUUUCUUUGAGUGUACUCUUAAGAAAGUGGCCAGACGUGCUAAUCGGGUCGAUCCCCAGGCCAAACUUCAUGGGAAUAACCCAUCAAAAGGAGCACAGAUCGAUGCUGAGCUGAAAAAGGAGGAUGAGCAAAGGCUGCGGGAAAAGAGCGGUAAAUAG